AUGACAACUGCACCAAGCAUUAUCGCAACAUGCAAACAAACUCGAUUCCAUUUCCUCGACGAUAGACCGUCACGCGAGGUCGACAUUCAAGGCCUCAACAUAAUAGUGCACUCACCCCACCAACAACCCUCGGCCGAAACCACAGCAACGGACAAAAAACCAAAAGGAAAAUCAAAAGCAAAAGCAGACGGACUUGAGCUCAUCUCAAAUGCGGAUCUGAGACUCAAAGCGGGGGUUCAUUACGGUCUUGUGGGGAGGAAUGGGAGUGGGAAGUCUACUAUUCUCCGCGCAUUAGCGGAAAAGCUCAUUCCUGGGGUGCCAUAUUCAACCCGUAUCGCCAUUUUGCAGCAGACUGAUGCCGAGAUUGAGGAGAACAGCAAGAACAGUGAAAUUGAUGAGCUUGCGGACUUGUUGCAACGGGAUGGCUCAGUAUCGACGAAUAGCACUACUCGAAAGACCGCGUUGGAGCAAGUGAUUGCAAGUGAUACGAUGAGAAGUGAGGUAGAAAGAAAGAUAAGCGUGUUGUCAAGGAGUCUGGAAAAGGAAGACCUGCUAGCACCUGUUCUCACCAUACGGAAACUUCGCCAUGAGCAGUUAGCGGAACAAUUAUUUCUUGCGCAGAAAAAUGCAAGUAUCAGAAGCGGUGCAAGAGGCUUCCAAGCAAGAAAGGAGCUCAAGGCAAUUGAAAACCGAGUAGCCGCAUCGACAGAGUUAUUACAAGAAGAUCACGCGAGUAUAGAUGCGGAAGCCAUUCAAAGCGAUACACAAGCCGCGAUUGACUUGUUACAAGACCUGCAAUCUCAGCAUGAAGCGAUGAAAGUCGUGGAUGUUGAGAACCAAGCCCGGAAAAUAUUACUAGGUCUAGGAUUCAAAAAUGAAAUGCUUUCCACGCCAUUCGCAAUGUUAUCAGGUGGCUGGCGAAUGCGAUGCAUGCUAGCCGGAAUCCUCAUUCAGGACCCGGACAUCAUGAUCCUCGACGAACCCACAAAUUUUCUGGAUCUGCUGGGUGUCAUCUGGCUUGAGAAUUACCUGAAACAGAUGCAGCAGUCAUCAGGGACGACAUUAGUUUUGGUGUCUCAUGACCGAUCAUUCAUCAACGCUGUUUGCGAAGAGAUCAUCAUCUUGCGAGACCAAGCCCUGACCUACUUCAAAGGUAAUCUAGCCGCUUACGAGGAACACUUUGAAUUCCAAAAAUUGUACUGGGGCAGAAUGAAAGAAGCCCAAGAAAAACAGAUUGCGCAUAUGGAAGCUACUGUUCGCGAAACGACCAAAGUCGGCAAAAAGACGGGCGAUGAUAACAAGUUGCGGAUGGCCAAAUCGAGACAGAAGAAGCUCGAUGAAAGGAUGGGUAUCCAAGUUAGCGCAACUGGUGGACGAUUCAAGUUGAAUCGUGAUUUGACUGGUUUUCAUCUAAAAGCGCGUGCCGAAAUUGAAGUUCCGAAGGAGGAGAGAGGGGUUGCGAUCCAAUUACCGGAUGCGCCUGAUCUACGAUUUCCAGGGCCGUUGAUUUCGCUAGAGAAUAUUACGUUUAGAUACAAACGCACAAAGCCUGUGGUACUUGACGAUAUUGGCGAACUUCAAAAAGAGGGACGUUUAGAUCCGGCAUUAACAGCGCUGGCGUAUAUUCUGCGGGAUGCCAAUGGUCAACUCACUGAAGGCGAGACCAGGGGGUUGCUAUCAUCGCUGGGACUGUCUGGUAGAGUUGCAUCUGAUGUGCCUGUGUUUCGUCUUUCGGGUGGACAACUGGUUCGACUGGCUCUGGCCAAGAUCUUAUGGAACCACCCUCAUCUGCUUGUCCUAGAUGAAAUCACCACCCAUCUUGACUUUCAUACAGUGACGGCCCUGGCAUCUGCAUUGUCUACAUUCAAUGGUGCAAUUCUGGUCGUCUCGCAUGAUCGUUUCCUAGUACGAUCUGUCGUCGAAGGGAAACGAGAUGUGGAUGCUCCAUUGGACGACGACUUUGAGGCUGAAUCUGAGGGAGAUACGGGAAAUGACGAGACAUCUCGAAGGAGAACAGUCUACGUGCUCAAAGGCGGAAAGAUGGUUGAACAAAGCGAUGGAGUGAACCAGUUCGAGAAGAGUCUGGAGAAGAGGGUAGUCAAGAUGUUAGCCAAUUAA